UCAUGUGGGAGUAUCUGCGGGCAGGAGACCGCUAAGGCUCGGUGGCCACGAAAGGGCUUCCUUCCUUUUCAAAAAUGCCCCGGAAGUUCCUCUGCCCUUAGUGAAGAUGGCAGUAGCACUUGACAUAAGAUGGGAGGGCUGCGCCUGCGCAACAAGUUCGACGGGGAAGAUGGCGGAUGACAAGGAUUCUCUGCCCAAGCUUAAGGACCUGGCGUUUCUCAAGAACCAGCUGGAGCACCUGCAGCAGCGUGUAGAAGACGAAGUCAAUAGUGGUGUGGGCCAGGAUGGGUCGCUCUUGUCCUCCCCAUUCCUCAAGGGCUUCCUGGCUGGUUAUGUGGUUGCCAAACUGAGAGCAUCUGCAGUAUUAGGCUUUGCCGUGGGCACCUGCACUGGCAUCUACGCAGCUCAGACAUAUGCUGUGCCCAAUGUGGAGAAGACAUUGAGGGACUAUCUGCGGUCACUGCGCAAGGGGCCUGACUAGCUCUGGAUCCCAUGGGGGAGGCAGGAUGAGCAACUCGAG